UGUGGUUGAACGGUUGCUCAGCAUAGUGUCUACAUCAAACGAGUAAUUCUCCGAUGAGAGUUUCAGUUUUGUAAGGGAUCAGCCCGGGGAAACUUUUUUUUCUGAUUGCCUAUCAGAAAGUCGGAAGGUAGUGUCAAGUCAGUCUCUUGUGAGUUGAUUUGCGAGAAGGAGCAAAGUGUGUUGUUGGAUCUUUUGCGGCCUAAACACUCAUUGAAGACUUUUUGAACGACAAGAGUUAUUUUUAUUUUUCACUGACGUCGUUUUCUUUUAAAGUGACCAGUUUUUGUUUUUGUUUUUGUUUUUUUUUAAUUUGUGUGGAAAUCUUUCCAGGACAUUAAAUUCUUAUGAUGAAUUUAUUGGGAGCGCUCCUGAUCCUUGUGGUAUCUCUACACUCCUGCACUGGCCAGAAGACUGGAGAGGAGUGUUUGGCUGAGUUUAAGCGUGGCAGGGAGGAUUUUGUGCUCGAUGCUGACGAGUCUGUGAAAGACGGAGCGACGUUCAUUUCGUCCCCGAAACUGGACCGAUACAGGGACUGUGUGGUGGCCUGCUGCAAACAGCCCAAUUGCAAUGUCGCCUUCAUGGAGAGAGGGGAGGGGGAGGGCACGAUCAAAUCCUGCUUUCUGUUCGACUGUCUGUACAAAAAGAAAUACGCCUGCAGAUUUGUAAGGAAAAAAGGAUACGUCAAUUACAUCCUGGACACCGUUUAUGAGAGUUACCUGGAAGUGAAUGUCCCCACAAACGAAGCGGACCAUCCACCGGUGGCCAACGCAGGCCAGGACCGGGUUGUCCAGCCUCAGGACAGUGUGACGCUGAAUGGCAUCCAGAGCAAAGAUGAUAAGGGGAUUGCAUCCUACCAGUGGAAAUUGCUCUCUGAAUAUCCAUAUGCUGUCAUUGAGAAAACCAGUUUUGCUGACCAGAUUAUCGUGUCCAAUCUGUCAUCUGGGAUGUACAAGUUCCAGUUGACGGUCACAGACACCAUCGGCCAAUCAGACUCAACCAAGAUUAGUGUCCUCGUCCUAAACCCCGAGGAGUCAGAGCACCAUUGUAUGGCUCCAAAGAAGGCUGGGCCGUGUCGUGGUAGCUUCCCUCGCUGGCAUUACAAUGCCGCCUCAGAACUAUGUGAGCAGUUCACAUUUGGCGGCUGUAGGGAAAAUCUCAACAACUAUCUCACCAAGGAUGAGUGCACCAACGCCUGCUAUGGCACAGAAAAGAGGGGUACUGGUAGAGGUUUGCCAGUUCCAGCACCAGCAUCAGAAAAAUGUGGUGCUCCGUGUACCGCGCAGCAGUUCACCUGUACGAACGGUUGCUGUUUGGAUCCAGGCCUGGAGUGUGACUCAAAACCACAAUGUAGCGAUGGAUCAGAUGAGCAGAAAUGCCAGGACUUGGACAACAAGUUUCGGAUUCUGCUACAGAUUCCAGUGGAAGAACAGAAGGUGCGCUGCACAGAGCUUCCAGACACAGGAAACUGCAGGGACAGUUUCUCUAAGUGGUACUACAACCCCAUCAAAGAGACCUGUCUCCUCUUCAACUAUGGGGGUUGCCAGGGAAACGAGAACAGAUUUGAGACUGAGGAGGCCUGUUUGAAAGUCUGCCGAGGUGUAACAGAAAAGGAUGUGUUUGCAAGAAAGGCGGAGUAUGAGCGCAGUGUGUCUGAUAGCCAGACAGGUAUCAUAGCAAUUGCUGUUGUUCUGGCUCUUGCUAUCGUCAUCCUUCUGUGCAUCCUGGUGUACUGCUUCAUGAAGGGAAGGAAUAAGUCUUCACAACACCACCGUGUGCCUGUCAGCAAUGUCCCAGUCUCCACACUAGAGGACAGAGAGCAUCUGGUGUACAACAGUACUACCAAGCCCAUCUGACCCCGCAGCCCAUCACCUUUGACCCCUGUCCAGGGCAGUGAACCAUUUGCCAGAGCUGUGCCGUUAACAGAACGAACUCAGAUUGAUGAGAGAGGAAACAAUGUCUUUUCACUUAGUUUGAAAGCUGGAGCUGAUCUGUUUCCAUUUUGUUUAUAACAGUUUUAAGGGUCUUUAAAGCUUCAAUGUGAUUUUAUGAUUUUUAUCUUGUUUUAAAUGCAGUUGAGUGUGCAGUUUGUACUCAGGUUUAUAGGGAACUAAUUUCACUUAGUGUGGAGGUAGAAUACUGCUGGAUUUCAUCCACAUUGUUCCCUUUGGGAGCAUAUUCUAUUUUAUUGUACUUGUUUCCAUUAAAUAAUUUGAUAGUUCUUAGAGAAGAGGUCAGUAAAGUCAGUUUAGAAGUAAAUUGACACUAGGUCCAUGCUGCAUUAAGACUUCAAAUUUUAAUUAUUCUUAAAACUGAACUCUGGGAAACACUGCGGAUAUGUGAUGUAACAUGGCAAUCUCUUCAACUUCCUUUACUUCUACCAUGGCAACUUCUUCACAUUUCUUUUCAUCAGGUUUUAUGCACCAUUGUUACAAUGUUACUAUAUGGAUUUAUUGGAUUACACACACAUGCACAAUGUUGUACAUAAUCUUUGUGUUUUGAGAAAGCAAUAUUUUAUUUGAGAAAGUUAUUUUUUCAGUGAUUUCCCAAGUGUGUUUAUAACAAGCAUAAUAGAUACAUUAAAUACUGUUCAUUCAUACCUUAUUAUAAAACAGUUUUACUGUUGAAUAACUUGUUUGAAUAACAGUUAAAUGUAACAAAUCU